AAGAACCCUGUGACCUACCAGGGGGCGCUGUCCAGAAUCGUGGGGCUUGCCUCUCGGUUUCUUUUGUAAUCCCGCACGUGUUAUUUUAUUUAUUAGAUCCAAGAAACAAAGGUCGUGAAAACUACGGAACGAUGGAUUCCUCGGCUGCCUCCGUAAACCAGAAGACGCCCAUCAGCAUCCUACAGGAGCUGUGUGCCCGCAACUGCCUGACUCCUGAGUACAAGCUGCUCUCUGUGGAGGGGGCCGUCCACGCCCCCACUUUCAUGUACAGGGUGCAAGUGGGCGACGUGGUGGCCAACGCCACCGGGCAGAGCAAGAAGAAAUCCAAGCAUGCAGCGGCCAAGGUGCUGCUUGAAAAGCUGCUGGCAGAUGACGGCCUCUUCUGCAAGUACCGGGCAGCGGUGCUCGAGGACCUGCCCAUGAUGGAGACUCCGGAGGUCAUCCCCACGGCAGUGGGCGACCUCACCGUCAGCAGCAACGGGGGCGUGCCCGCCGCCACCACUCCAACAACCAACCCCGCCGCGCCGGGCGUGCCCGCCGUGGAGGAGGACGGCAUCCCAGGCAACCCCGUAGGGGCCCUGCAGGAGCUGUGCAUGAAGCUGCGCUGGCGUCCCCCGUUCUACGAGACGGUCAUUGAGGAGGGCCUGCCCCACGAGCGGACCUUUGGCAUCUCUUGCCUCGUCAACAACCUCAGCGAGAUGGGCAAGGGAAAGUCGAAGCGCCUGGCCAAGCGCCAGGCUGCCUACAAGAUGAUCCAGCUGAUCGAGAACGUACAGAAUGGAGAGAUGAACGGAGAAGACGAGAAGUUUGGCGAGCCCGGCGGCCUGUGCGGCGGCGGCCUCGGCGGCCUGGUGGGCAACACGGGCGUGAGCGUGGGGAGCGUGCUGCAGGAGGCCAAAUGCUACAUGGGGCUGAAGGAGCAGAACAUCAACACCCUGACGCCCCGGCACAGCCAGCAGGUGGGCCAGCUGCUGCGCCAGCUGCAGGGCUCGGACGGCGCCCGCCUGGGCUCCCUCCAGGGGACUCCACUCAACACGGCGGGCCUGGACUAUGUCGGGCUGCUGCGGGAGAUUGCCGACGAGCAGAGCUUCGAGGUCACCUACGUGCCCAUAGACGAGCUCAGCACAGACGGCAAGCACCAGUGCCUGGUGCAGCUGACGUCCCUGCCGUUGGCGGUGUGCUUCGGGACGGCGGAAAGCCCCGAGCAGGCGAGGGCGGCUGCAGCCCGCAGCGCCCUGCAGUACCUCAAGAUCAUGACCAAGAAGUGAGGCAGGCAGGGUACCUGGCUCAGCAGCAUGCUGGUCAACCUGGAUGAACAGAGGAGUUCUGCCGCACGGCAGAAAACCCUAGCAUUUUGAUGUUCAAGGUACCUUGUUCAAAGAACCCGUCUCUAGUCAGAAGGCGAGCACUUCAGCUUUUGGCUGUUCCCUCCUCUUCGUUCACCCGCGUCCUUAAUCCGACCUUCGAGCAGUGUUGCGUUCACCAAAACCCCUCACGGCCAGAGCAUUCACUCACCAUUGCACCAAAGAAUCAACAAAAAUUGACACCAUGGUAGCGUUAGCUGAACCAAGUAGGUCCUUUAGUUUAAUCUGGAUAACUCUUAAGUCUCUGUCGAGUCUUUAGCGGACAUUGCUGUCGACAUUUUGGAAUUGUCACCCUUUUUCAAUUGGCUGUUCUGGCUUCAGUUUUAUAAUGAAACAAAAUAGAAAUCUUAUCUUUGAUUCUACUGAUACAUCAAAUUACAUUCAAAAGCAAGAAGGAGUCGCGUAACACUGAUUUCGCUGCUGAAGCGUUUCAUUGUGCGGAGCCAUCCUUUUGAAAUUCCAAGUUUGGCGAGGAUGCAAUGCUCUUUAGCAUCUUUCUUGUUAGGUUCUGUGUCGUUUAGUCGGGCUGGACCCACUUGUACAGAGCAACAGGCCCUUUCUUACUGUAGGACCGGUUUCAUCCAAAAGCAUUUGGUCCGCUCCUACAGUAAGAAUACGCCUGUCGUUUUGUCGAGGUGGGUCCUCAACUUGGAACAUUGGUCAUUCGUGUUCUCGUCGGGUGCCUGCCCUAAAGUGGAAGUGCGGUUUGGGAAAGAAGGAAAGAAAAACAAAAUGACUGCAGGCAACGAAAUGACCACGAUUUUCAUUAUUUUUUUGAACGGACGCUACAAAGGAGGGAUGAAGAGCGUGGCAAGACUGCCUAUUUUUUGGGGUGAGCAAAGCCAAAAAUUUUUCGUGAACGAAGAUGGGGGAACAGCCGGCUACUCUAGCAGCAGGAAGAGUUUUUCUUACAUUCCGAGCAACUGGAGGAUUGGACUACGGGCAUCAAAUGAUCUGAAAGUCUGGAGAUUGGGAGGGAGGAGAGCCACACCAUGUAAUCACUCUUUGCAAAGCACCUGUGUUUGUCGUCGUUUCUUUUUUUUUUUUUCCCGUUUGUCACGGCGCGUGAAUAUUUGUCGCCUACAUGAAUUUUGUUUGAAAUGCAUUGCUACUCGUGUAGUUUGUCUGACCCAAGGUCUUAACUUUAGGAGCGUCGUUCGGUUUGGCGUGCCGACCAAGAGUUUGAGUCACUAAUCGUGCUGAUGCGGUUUAUGCAAGUUUUUUGUUUGCGACAUUGUCCCUUUUUACCAAGAAUAGACCCGACACUUUUUGUCUGUGCCUUUUUCGUUUUGUUUUUCUCAACAUGGUUGUGCUUAACUCCUUUUCGUAAGUUUAGCCUUUGUUCAGACGAGGACGCUUGAUUUUGUGUUUUGGUUCCACAGAUUUUGUAUCUUUGGUUGCAUGCGGCAAAGGUAGUAGCGUUGGGUCAGGACCGGCGAGGAUAAUAUAAUCGUGGCUGAAAACUCACAGUCGUCAUUACUACCGUAGGUGGAAGACUUCUCUGAACUACUUCGAAUCUUGUAGGCUAGCUUUUUUCCCAAUUUCCAACCUUUCAUCGAGUGACAAAUAAAUGCUACUCAAAAACGA